AUGUUCAGGGUCAGGGUCAAGGUCGUCGAUCAAGAUAACGACAACCUGAAUCGAAUACUUCGUCAGACACGGGGUUUGGAAGAAGAAUGCUUGCAAACGGCAUCUUGCCAAGCCCUGAUCAGCUUUGUUACCUUCCCCGCCCUCACUAUAUUAUGGUGGCUUGACUAUCACGACCGCAAGGAGCAAAUAACUACCCAGUACCAUACUCAGGCCCUCGACACCUCACUGGUGCAUCGUGAGGACUUUAGUCGCACACAUCGUGGGGGGCGUCGGAACACCUCCACACCACCUUCUCGGCCGAGCUGGAAGCGUCCUAGUCUGUCGUCUUGCUUCGCGAAUCACAUUCUUAACACCAGAGGCAUGUCUGACCGCUCUUCGGAAUCUACUUGUUUCGUGUUCAGGCUGAGACGAGCUCUUCACGCCUUUCCUUUGUCCUUUGUAGCAAGACACCCCCUCUCGAACCAGACAUCCAGCGCUAACGCCAACGCUGCAACUCUCGGGCAUGAGUUCAGGCAUGGAUACAUAUUGCCCUCCGCUUGUGUCCCUGCACAGUGCAACUCGGCGGGCCCAUCACACCUGACGGUCGUCGAUGCAGCACCUGCAUCUGCAGUUACCUGCACCUGUCGACAUAAUGGGGGUCUUCUGGGCUUGAACAUAUUUUCUGACAUCUUGGCCCUUUCGUUGCGUUGCCUUUUGCCUCGCUGUUCCAAUUUCGGGGGCCGACGAACGUCUACAUGUCUGGACGAUGCAAGUGGUACGAAGUACGUUGUUAGCCACAAGCCAACGCACAAGCCACUGCCACGAGAUGCUAGCUCCAACUCUCCUGAUGUGGCAGAGGCUUAUGUCUACUACCCGGGCCGGUUUCAAAUUGGCCGUGACGACAAAGCCUGCCAACACUGGUACCUAAACGCGCUUUCGUUGUUUCGGAACGCGGAUCAUCAUCCGCAGCAUGAAGGACCACCGAGGCGUAGCAGCACUGAGUUUGGUCCCGUGAACAAUUACGUUAACCAGGGGUUGUGGACAGAAUAUCUGCCAGAAACUGUCACCGUAGGAGAAUUGCCGCAUAUCGUCGUCUCGACGGGGAAUUAUCCACAUGAACCGGUGGUGUCCGCUUUUCGCUGGCCUGCAACAUACUCCUCGAUGGAGGGCGAAAGUGGCAAAUCGAUGUUGCUAUAUAUACAUGUCCAAUUCGCCGGUGUCUCCGGUGAAGGGGCGCGGUUGGCCUUUCUUAGUCAGUCAACCAUCAGCGCUCAAUACAUGCGUAAGAUGGCAGUGGUUCUGAAGCGGCUGGUCAAUCUGGGUCCGGAGGCUCGGAGUGGGGCCGUCGCAAAUCACGGAGGGGAAAGCUUGACGUCGGGUUGCUCCGAGAAGGAACAAUCCGCAACACCGUCCGUUACACCGGGUUUCCACACCGACAUACGGUCAGGCUAUGGGCCGGUGUCACCGAAUUAUCGAGUUGCCAUUCGAAUGAGAUCCCGAAAAGUCGUACCAAUCCAUAGUGUUUUCGAGGAUCCAUACAACCAACCGCAUACCGCGACUCGCCCCACUGAGUAUGCCUUGCUGCCUCCUGGUACCCAAGUGCAGAAUGCCACCAUGCCAUGUUUCAAAUCCACAGGAUUUCUGCCCGCACACAUUGCAUUCCUCCACAGGGCCCAACCCUUGAGAAGAACGAAACGAGCCCACCGAGAGGUCCCAGCACAGUGCAAACCAACCCCCUCGCCCCCCCCCCCCAAGGUUGCUGGUCAAGAUGCAAGAGGCAUGCGUCCAGCCCUGGAGUUUUGA